UAUCAAUUUGAGACAUCUAUGCAUUAUCUAUCAACAACGUAUUGAGGCAGAUUCUAAUGGCUGUACAUACGUAUGUCCAAAAGUAACAAGUAAGAUACCUGGGCAGCCCCGACCCCACCAUCGAUUUGAACUUGUCGACUUUUUCUCCCGCAGAUAUCAAGGAGUUCUGUGGGCAAUAGUAAGAAUUCCUAGGUAGAAAAUAUGUAAGAGAGACAGCAAGUCCAUUUACCACCGGCCAUAUUGUAAAGUCUUGGAGUCUGAUUAUCAUAAAUCGAAGAAGAACCUUGGCCACACUUAUAUUUACUAGUCCAGCCCUAAAUUGCCAUAGACUCCACCAAGUCGUCCCCCAACUCUCAUAGAUAUUUCAUUUCCCCACCUCACAGUUUUGAUUUCAUUUUACACCCACGUGCACCCCUCGUUAAUAACCAACCAUGGUAACAAAACUUAACAUCAACACAACACAAUAACCUCCUUACCAAGCAAUUCCAUCUCGACGCAAAAAUGUCACCUCCUCCAACCAAGGCCAUAGUUCUCAUCUCGGGAAAUGGCAGCAAUCUGCAAGCACUCAUUGAUGCUUCGCAAGGGACCAGUGACUCGGAAAUCGCCUUGCCAUAUUUGAAGAUAGUUCGAGUUAUCACAAAUAGAAAGGCGGCGUAUGGAGUUACUCGUGCAGCAGAGGCGGGCAUCCCAACAACAUGUCACAAUUUGUUGACGGGAAAAUACCACAAAAAAGAUGAGAAGGACCCCGCAGUGAUUAAAGCCGCGCGAGAAAAGUAUGAUGCGGACCUUGCGGAUCUCGUGAUUUCAGAACAACCUGAUAUCAUUAUCUGUGCUGGCUGGAUGCAUAUUCUCGCACCGACAUUCAUUGACCCCCUGACUGCUAAAAAGAUACCAAUCAUAAAUCUUCACCCAGCACUUCCAGGCAAAUAUGAUGGAGCCAAUGCUAUUGGACGGGCUUUCAAUGAUUUUCAACAGGGCAAGUUGGAGAAUAACAAGACGGGCCUCAUGAUUCAUUAUGUGAUCAGUGAAGUUGAUCGUGGAACACCAAUCGUGGUCAAAGAAGUGGAGUGCAAAAGUUCUGAAUCUUUAGAGGAACUUGAGGCGAGAAUGCACGCAGAGGAGCACAAACUUAUUGUUGAGGGAACAGCAAUGGCAAUAAAAGAGCUCUGGGCUCAGAGGAGUGAUGUAAAUGCUUGAAUUGUUAUUUAUAAGAAUAGCAAUCAUUAACGAACCCCCUGUCCCCCUUUCGCAUAUCGCUUCAUGCUGCUGUCUAGCAAGCAAAGUCAUCCACGCUCAAAACCAUUCAAUUUCUCAAACCCAGGCAAAGUGCUAGAUGAUGCUGGGAAACACUGCCAUCGGACAGUCGUCGCCAUUGGAGGAUUGAUUUCGUCAUAUGGGAAUAUCUUUUGAUCAAAUCGAUCCUUGGAGUUUUUCGAUCAAUGUUGACUCUCCGUCUACGAUCAUUGUUGUGAUUCUGCUCAUCGUGGAAGAACGUCAGGUAUUGACAUCCGUUGAUCUUCGACCCAACGCAUGUACAUGCUCACAUCCUUUUGAAUCUGGCCUGGUAUAUUGGGCUUCUGUAUCAAUUGAGGUAUCCAGCCUUUGGCAUCUGACUAUAAGGUUACAUCAGUUAGCAAAUAUACAGCACAAAUAUUUACAGAGGAUUCCUACAGCAGUAGCCAUUAUCCACUCUAUCUCCCCAACUGUACUAUUAGGGUUAGGACGAAGACAACAUCGUUCAAUCGAUGCGUAAGCCCCCACAACUUGACCUUUCUUUUUGGCGGAGGCGAACCCGGAUUCUUGGAAGCUGGAAUUUUGUGACCGGGCAUUGGCCGAAUCGGUUAUGGGUAUUGAAAUAACCAAAAAUUCACGCUGUCCAGGUUCGUUAAGUGAUGCAGUAAUCAGUACCUCAGGAAACUUUCGCUCAGAGACAACCGGGGGCUUAUGAAUCAUUUCUACCACUUCCAUUGAGAUGUUGUUCCAUUGCUUUCCACCAGCCACAAUCUCGAAAUCGCUCGUUUCCCAGUACAUAGCUCUCCUGCUACUGGCGAGCACAGAGUGACACCAAUCUUUCUCUCUCUCAAAGUGUUCUUGCUUGAUGUGGAGAGUAAAUUCGUCCCAAGAAGCUGUAUUCGCUUCUGCUUUAUUCUCAUGAAUACUUCUUCUAGCAAACCAAGUCUCCCCUUCCUCAUUUGCUUUCUUUGUUGCUUUAUCGUGUGUCCCAUUGCAAUAAUCUAGUUCUUCCUUGGAAACGACACGUUUAUACAACUGAACGCCCGUCUUAGACUUGAGCAAUUUCCAGGGUGGUUCAUUCUGGACCAUUCCGUUAAGAAACGGGAUCGCCUCUUCGAGUACUGCCGUGAUAAAUGUCUUCGCAUUUCUAGUAGGAUGACCACCACCGUUCAACGGCUUUAUAGCUCCACUGGCUGCUUCGAUACCUAUACCUGCCUCGGGCAACUGAGAAUAAGAAAGUCCAUUCAAUCGCAUCCAAGGACCCAGUCUGGAAGAAGCACGAGUGGGCUGGGAUGCAGGAGUAGGAGUGGUAGACGACGCCAUUGUGUUGAAGUGAAUUAAAAUAAGAACUCUGAGAAACUCUGCUAUCAAUUAAGAUUACCACCAAUUAACGAAUGAGAUGGAGCAAGUGUAUGUCCCAGUGUAUGUGUUGAGUAUCUCUACAGCUUUUAUAUCGAAACAACUCCUUCCUACACGGAAAGUACCAUCUUGUCAUCUUACCGUUGUGCCCUUUCUGGAAUUAGGUCUGAAACGGCCCUGGCGAGCCUUGGUGGCGGGAGGUGUAGAUGGUCCAAGCUCACUCCCUCCCUGAUAUGGAUGAAAUGGCACUCAGAUUGAAUGGAUAAUUGAAAAUGCUAGCAUUGUGAUGCUAUG